AUGGGCCAAAUACCUCUGGCUCAAGUCACACCCUUACGCGCAUUCACUCACACUGGUAUUGAUUAUGCUAGUCCGCUCACGCUCAAAACAUGGAAAGGAAGAGGAGCUAAGACUCACAAGGGAUGGAUUUGUGUCUUCGUCUGUCUCACAACGUCCGCAGUUCAUCUCGAGGUCGUCUCAGACUACUCAACAGACGUAUUCAUCUCAACUUACAAGAGGUUCACAUCAAGACGUGGCAUUCCUCACUCGCUGUACUCAGACCGUGGCACAAACUUUCUUGGAGCUGAAACAUCACUCCAGAAGUUGUUCACACAAAGCACUCAAGAAAACCAGCAUCUCUCAUUCCUGUUCGCUCAAGAUCGCACUCAGUGGAUUUUCAAUCCACCCGCUACUCCACACAUGGGUGGCAAAUGGGAGACAGUGGUCAAAUCAACGAAAUAUCAUCUUCGACGCACCGUAGGUGAAACGUUGCUCACCUUCGAAGAGACCACGACCCUGCUUACUCAAAUCGAAGCGAUCCUGAACUCACGACCUCUCGAACCUCUCAGCGAUGAUCCAGAUGACGUCUCAGCACUCACUCCAGGAUACUUUCUCACCGGAAGUGAUCUCACAACGAUACCUGAGCCGUCGCUCAACGACUUAGCUCUCUCACGACUCUCACGAUGUCAAGUGGGAUCAUUGGUGCUCAUUACAGAUGAGCGAUUCCCACCGUGCAAAUGGCCACUGGCCAGAGUUCUUUUAUUGAUUCCAGGCAAGGAUGGACUUACCAGGGUGGUGACGCUGAAGACGGCCACCACUACUCUCACCAGGCCUAUCACGAAGCUCGCUCUGUUGCCCAGCCCUCACCAGGAUCAAGCUCAACCGACGUAG